UAUUUCUUUUAAAAAAACCAUUUUUUGUGAAAAAAAAAAAUAAAACAAGUUCAGAGUUGAUUUUGUGGUUAAGGGUGCCGGUUGAAAGUUGCACUCAGUGAGUUGACAUUAGACACGAGUGUUAAUUGAAUAAGUGACAUUUCACAUGUACCUCAACGCAUUUCAAUGUUACACAUAUAAUUUUUCGAUGUAGUCAAUAAUAAGUAGUGGCGCAAUUCUCAGUUAUGUUCCAUUCAAAAGCAGUGCGCUUUGUUUUCAUUUUAUUUUUGUGCCUUUUAACAUUUCCAAAUAUCAGCCAUGCAAAAUUUGUGAACGGACACCUGCAAACACUCGAAGAUUGGGCAUUUCUGGCACGUUUUUGCUUCAUUUCUGGACGUGGACGAUACGAAUAUGAAAUUGAAUUUGAUCGCAGAUAUGGUGAACCACAACUUUUACUUUACUACGAUGAUAAAACCCAAUGGCCUUCGGUUUAUAAAGCUGACAAAACCUGCCGUGAGAAACUUAGCGUGUUGAAUAGAAUUGAUAAUCAAAUUGUAACGUUAUCAGUAAACUCGCCCGAGCGGACGACAUCAGGUUGUACAAUAUUGCCAAAAAGUCAAAAUACACCCACGCCGCCCAUUCAUCGUUAUUAUUCGACAACGGAACAAACUCCCAUCGAGUUUACGAUGUCAGAAAAUGAAAGUGAUCUUGCGGCCACCGAAACGAUAUUCGAUAAAUUUUUGAGAAGAACGACCAUCGUUCCGAAGGGAGAACGUGAAGGAAAGUCUUCGGACAACAAUACUGAAGAAACGCAAAAUGUUGAAUUCAGCGUUGAAGCAAUGGAGAAAAUCAAUGACACCGAAGUUUUCAAUGCUACAGCUGGUGCACAUCGUAAUGGUGGCGGACUAUAUUACAAACACGAUAUCGGGCUCGAAAAUGAACUUGAAAAUACAACGGCUUAUAAGAUGGAUGUUGAGGAACUAUUCGAACCACAGAAAAAGAGCGAACGCUUAAAUAAUGAGGAGAGUGAUGUGGAUGAGCGACAAGAACGAUCGAAUGCACCAUUCAAAUUUCGAUCAACUCGCGAAACCUAUAUCGUACGAUGUCACCAGGCGGGCACCUUUAUCAGCUCGAGAGAACGGUGGUGGUUCAUUGCAAUCGCCAAUUGUGGCAGUACGAAAGGACUUGAUAUAAAAUAUCGCUUUAAAAUGACCAACGGAAAAAGUGGCGACUUUUGGACUGAACACUUUUCGGCGGAUGAAAGACUCAUACCGCCGAUUUUGCUAUGCCAAUUCAUUUUGUACUCAUUGUUAGUGGUGGCUUUAUUUUUCUGCACGAUUGAAUUGAAAUCACUGCAUCUAUACCAUUGCACAUACCGUUUGUUUGCGUUUAGUGUAAUGAUGCAAUGUUUGGGAGUUAUUGUGUUGGGAAUAGCAUGGAUUCGUUAUGGCAUGACUGGAUUUGGUCCUCACACCACGUUCGGCGGUUUAUUGAGUGGCGUCAGUGAAAUUGCAUUUCUUCUCUUGUUACUGUUAAUGGCCAAAGGAUACACAAUAACUCGAGCUCGACUCUCAAGCUGCUCCAUUGUUAAACUCACCAUUUUUAUCAACACUUAUAUUGUGGCUUAUAUUAUCUUAUUCAUUUAUCAAGCAGAAGCAUUUGAUCCGGGAGAGGUAUUAAAUUUGUACGAGUCGCCGGCAGGUUUUGGAUUGGCUCUUUUGCGUUGUGUUGCGUGGUGUGUAUUUAUGAUGUCAACUGCAAUUACCAUUCGCAAAUAUCCAGAAAAAAGUUCAUUUUAUUAUCCGUUUGGACUGCUGGGUUCUUUGUGGAUCUUGGGCGGACCUUUCUUAACCCUCAUCGGCAUUGGAAUGCUUGACGCCUGGGUACGAGAAAGCAUUAUGUACUUCACAUUCGCAAUGUUAUCAUUAAUGGGACACUCGACAUUUUUGUGGAUAACAUGGCCAUCACGAGCAAAUAAGAGUUUUCCGUACCACGUGAAAACGAAUCACAUUGGUAUUGCAUCAGACGAUGACGAUGGAGCCGAUUACCCGCGACAUACUUAUGAGCCGACCCAUGUCGAUCAAAAUAUUAUCAUUCCGUUAUCGCGACGCACCGAAGAGCUGAUCAAUGGUAUCUACGGCAAUUACAUCUACGACCAACAACGUUCCAAUUCGAAUGCGCACAGUCAUGCAUCAUUCCCUGAAGACAGUCACGCACCAUCAACGAUUUUGUCAUCGAAGCAAUUGCAAGAAGAAAUUUACAAAUCGGAAUGCGAGCGUCGUUUUUCAACCCACUGCCAAAAACCGACAGGUGCAGGUGAUGAAUCACAGCCCCAAUCAUGCACAAUGGUCGCUGACUAUGAUGAAAAUGAUUCCGGCCAUCCUUCGUUGGAUCAAAGCGGUAGCCCCUCUAAUAAUACAACAAAAUCGAUCUCUGAUGGUGAUUCACCAACAAAAGACUUGCGAAAACAUUCCGUUGAAAGUACAAAGUCGAAUCAAUUUGUCACAGACGAAUUGAAAAUGGCGCCUAAUAAAAUCAUUCUGGAACCAAUUGAAAAUACGCUGAAACACAUGAAACUACCCGCUAUAGUUCCUAGGCAUCUAUUUGCAGCUAAGAAAGAAAAAUCAGAAGAGAAACUUGAAUAAGGUUAAGGUUACACGCAGUAUCAACCAAAUAAUUGCUUUAAGUUUUAAUUAAUUCUCUGCAAUGUACUGAUUUUAUUGGCACACCCACAAGGUUUAAGAUAGUGUUGAGACAUUUUCUCCUGAUAUUUUUAUUAUUACUCGUAAAUAAAGGUUUUUUUCAAAUAGUCAAA